AUGUUACUGCCGAACUGGUCAGGAGUCUUUAUUACUUGUGUGCGUAAACAUGAAAAACAGGCAGAACGUGAAGUACUUAAUUUAUUUUAUCAAUAUCUUGAAGAACAAGCACCAGAACUUUUUAUAUCAUCAUCAUCAAUUAAAUCGGAUGAUGCAUGUGUAUCAUCAGAAGAAUUGCUUAACAUAACAUCUGGUAGUCUUGAAGAUCAAAUUUCACAAGAACUUGCAAUAUUAAAAAAGAAAGAGCGUUGGUUACAGCCAAUUAAUAUUAAAACAUCAUGUGUUAUUUUUAUUAGGACAAGAUGGCCUUUAGAUCCUGUUCAAAUAGUUCGUUAUGUUUGUGAAAAAAUAUGUUCAAGUGGUGUUAAAGGAAUCCGUUGGUCUAAACGUAUGACACCUGUUACAUUAACUGCAUCUGCAACACUUUUGGAUCUUCAGAAUUUAGCUGAGAAAGUUUUGCAACCUUAUUUUCAUGAAAAUAAAUUGGAACCAUUGAGGGAAAGUUUUGCUAUUCGUCCAAAUCUUAGAAAUCAUACAAAAUUAACAAGAGAACAAAUUAUAAGAACUAUUGUGCCUCUUGUAGGUGCACCACAUAAAGUGGAUCUUAAGAAUUAUGAUGUUCUAAUAAUGGUUGAAAUAUUUAAGAAUAUUUGUGGUAUUAGUAUUGUAAGAGAUUUUGAAAAGCUAAAAAAAUUGAAUAUUAUGUCUAUUAUGGAAUCCUAUGACCAAAAAAAUGUAAAAAAGACUUUUGAAGAUUAA